CAAUGUGAAAAGUCGAAGGGGGAGGGGCGAGUGAUGCUCUGCUGCAGGUCUGCUCCACCGAGCGAACUGAGGCUAACUACUAAUUCCAUCACCGAGCUAGUUAGCAGCUGUAGGAUGCGCUCGCGGACGGCGGAAGAUGGACUAGCAGCGUCCCGGUUGCCUCCGCUUCACCGUCCGACCGGCGUCGCUUUCGGGACCGUUGUGCUGUGGUUGUAAUUGGCCUCUCCAUUCAUGUGCUGCUGCCGGGGGGUUUGAGCUCUGAGUGGCGGGCAAGCGCGGUCUGCAGCUCGCGGGGGGACAACACGGAGGAAUCCCCGAGCUGCGGCAUGGUGGUCCCGGACAGCUCCGGCGUGGCCCCCGAGCCCGACAACGCCGGCCUCACGGAGAGCCCCGACCCCGUGUGCGCGGAGGCCGGGGAGAGGGGUCGCGACCUGGCCGGCACGGAGCUGGAGGAGGUCCGCAAGCUGCAGGAGCUCGUCCGCCGGCUGGAGGUGCAGAACGAGACGCUGCGCAACAGGGGAGCCAAGACGGCCGUCUCCAGAGGGGCCAACAGCAACCUGAGCCCCGCUGACAACGUCAACAAGAGGCUGACCUGCGAUCAGCUCAGACUGGAGCAGGGUGGAGGACUGGGCUGCCUGCUGUCCCCCCCUCAGGACAGCAGCAGCAGCAGCGGGGAAGACAUGUCCCCUCUGCCCGUCACCGACAGGCUGGAGGAAGAGGACGAGGAGGAGGAGAGGGUGGAAGAGGAAGACGUGGGUCCCUGCGGGGGCUUUCUGGCUCUGACGUGUGCAAACGGCGGCGAGCGGCCCCGGGGGCAGAGCCAGACCCCCGAGAGCCCCUCUCAGGAGAGCUACGAGUCAGAGACGCUCACAGAGAGUGACUCAGGCGUGGAUCAAACCGCGCUGGACGAGGUGGACGUCCUGGAUUUGGAAGACGAGGGCGGCGAGGUAGAGGACGAGGACAGUUGGUUGUACGUUUCUCCCAGGAAGCAAGCGGCAGAGCAGAGGCCAGACUCGCCGCUGAAAUGGUGUCGGCAGGCCCUCGAUCAUCGCACCCCGGAGACGGAAAUGGCUUGUCGGACGCUGAUCAGCCGCUUGGACCAGACGUCCCGAUGGAGAAACGUCUACUGCAGCCCGUCAGAGGCAGGCCCGGCCAGCUCUGGCCUGAUCUCUCCUGGGUACCACAAAUCCACUAACAAACCCGUACUAACCUGUGGCGGCUCAGGGGUCCCAAGCAUGCAUUCGGCCCUGAGCUCCCAGUCCUCCAUCGACAGCGAGCUCAGCACCUCGGAUGACUCCAUCUCUAUGGGCUACAAGCUGCAGGAUCUCACCGACGUGCAGAUCAUGGCUCGUCUACAGGAAGAGAGUCUGAGGCAGGAUUACGCCUCCAGCUCGGCGUCGGCGUCCCGCCGCAGCUCCACCACGUCUCUGCAGUCGCUGCGCCGCGGCGGUACGUACAGCGACCAGGAGUUCGACACCUACAGCCUGGAGGACGAAGAGGACGAGCUGUCGCCGGCGCCCCAGCGCCAGCAUCGCUUCACCCCGUCGCCGCUGGGCUCGCCCCGCUGCCUCUCUCCCUCCACCGCCAGCCACGGCCAGGAGUACGCCGGUCGACUCGGGGCCCCGCGCGCCAGAGCACCCAGGCGGUCCCUGCAGGGUCCCAGCGCAGAGCUCCUCAAGUUUGCUAAGAGCGAAGAGGAGUUGAGACACAGCAUGCCUAACCUGGCCCCCCGCACCAGCCUACGCUCCCUGGAAGCAGUCAGGAACAGCCGCAGCAUGGAGGCUAACCUCCAGAGCUCUGGCAACCGCAUGUCCCACCUGACUCGCUCCCCCUCCACAGGCAUGGCCUGCAGUCGUCUGCGCAGCAGCAACGGCCAGUCUCCGCUCACGCUGCGCACCCCCGUCAAAGCCGUCAACCCGGUGGGCUCCGUGUCGGCCGGGCGUCAGACUCCCAGAGGCCUCCCGGUUAUCCAGUCGCUCCCGGCGACAGGCGGCCGCAGGGUCCAGUCUCCGGGCUCCGUGAACGGAGGAGGCUACGCGGCUGGCAGGGCCUCGGUCGGAGGAGGGCGGCCCGCCGUGGGGCGGGGUCAGGCCGCGUCUUCGGUCUGCGCAAGAAGCAAGCUCGCACAGCCUUCCAGGAGGUCUUUAGGCAUGACUAAACUCUCAGAUGAAUCCUGGAAAGACGGCUGCUACUGAGUUCUUCCCCGUCUUUGAUGGAUGCUGGAACAACGACCCAAUUUCCCCCGUAUGUGAAGAAACUCAGCCGCCGUGUCCCUGAACGAGCCCCAGAACCUCUCUCCUCAUUCCAGGCUGGAUCUCUGGACUGCACUGGAUUUGUAGUUAAUCUCCUUCCUUCGCAUGAUACAUUGUCAACCCACACACAAAGAGAGGAUGUGUAGGAAGACGAGGAGCUGCACAGGCACACUCUGUUAGUUACGUGGACCAACUCUGGAUUUCCUAAAAUAUAUUAUAUAUAAAUAAAUACAUAAUGUUUGUGUCAAUUUGACAUAUUUUUCUAUGGUGAUUUUGAGAAACUGCUGGAAUUUUAAGGGGUCAUAUUUCUGCACUGUUGCUGUAAUUGAUAUGAAGGCAAUUAAAAUGAAGAUAUUGCUGGUUUGUACAUUUGAAUAAUGAGAUGAGAGUACAGAGCGUUGCAUGCUGGGUUUUGUUGUUUUCCCCUUGGCUCUGUAGCCUUCUCAUCCUCGUCUUAACUGCAAUACGACAAAUCUUCCAUGUUUUCCAACGACGACCUGUGGAGAGCUACACAUGUUUGAGUGACUCAUUGUGAAUCGUGUUGUGUAUGUGUCCCGCUACAUGCCUGCACAGCAGUGCAACUCUUGUGAACCACACUGCCCUUAUUAAUUAUACCGGGGAAAAAAAAGAAGAAAUAGAGUUUGUGCCAAGGUGCGUUACAGCUGCAACUCUUUAAUCCUGUAAGUAACUUUGAACAAUUGAAGGUACUGAACACGACUGAACUUCACAGGCAUUUUUACUGCAUAUCUGAAGGUGGAUUAAAGGCCUGCUUUUUUUUUUUUUUUUGUAAAAACACUGUAAUACAGAAUACGUUUAUGCAGAGGCCUUGUGCCUUAGUCAGCUAUGCACCCUCAUGCGGAGUGCCUCUGAAAUUUAGGAGCUGUGAUGAAAAUGAAUAAACUUAACCCUGAAGCAGUGAA